AUGCCCGUCGUCACCAUCAUUGAAGGACUCAAAGAUCUUCUCAAAGAACCCAAUGGCUGCGAAGAUGAUCCAGACCCGUUUGAUAUUUACCCUGAUGAUAAGAUUCUUCAAUAUAUCCUCAAACCUAUUGCAACACAUUGGAUCCAAACCAUGCUGACCUUCGCUUUUACCGUGUUUGCGAUCCUUGGAAGGUGCAUUGUCACUGACUAUGAUUGUGUGUGUGAGAUUCAACUCCACUUCUUCUUCCUACCCAGUGUGGUCUUCUGGGUUUUUCUUGGGGUUUAUUUGUUCUACCUGGCAUACAAGCUUAACAAAUUAUAA